GAGAACAAUUGCAAUAGACAGAUAGGUAGAGACUAUACUUAAACUGAUUUUUGUGGCUAAGAAAAGAACCAAAAAAAAAUGUUUUUUGGGUUGAGAAAAGAACCAAAAAUGGUGGAAAGCAUGGGAAUCGGAGAAGAUAAAUCAAACAAAGGGUUGGAAGGCACUGGCGUAGUUUUACCCACCAACCCUCACUCUAACUUGAAAACCGCGUCCUCUGAUCACGACUUCACCCAAAUCCUCACAAAUAUCAAAGCCUCCAAAACUCCUGCUGUUAUCAAUUAUGGAGCUUCAUGGUGUCGAGUUUGCAGCCAAAUUCUCCCUGCAUUCUGUAGACUGAGCAACAAAUUUCCAAAGCUUUCUUUUAUAUAUGCAGAUAUUGAUGAAUGCCCAGAAACAACUCAACACAUUCGAUACACUCCGACGUUUCAGUUUUUUCGAGAUGGUGAAAAGGUAGAUGAAAUGUAUGGUACCGGAGAAGAGAGGCUGCACGAUCGUCUGUGGUUGCAUUCGUGAAGAGAUGUUAAGAUGUAGGACAUUAUGUUUGUAAUUCUUCCCUAUUGAUGUAAGAUUGAGAAUUGGCAAUUGCCUAUCAUCGACGAUUAAAUGUAUUUCAAAUUGAAGCCUAUAUAUUGAAUGACUUCAUUCGAAA